UUUUUUUUUCUUUCUUCUUCUUCUUCUUCUUCUUCAGUAAACGGUCUCUUGCAGCCAGCCAAGCUUCAGAUCUCAAAGGGGCGUGGCGGCGUGCUGGGUACCACUUCUGACUAAAGGAUGCUGAUAGCUUAGCAACAGCGACAAGGAAGAGAGGGGGGGAGAGAAAAAAAAAAAGGAAGGAGAGGAGAGACAAUGGAUGUGCGAUCUGUCAGCAGCGUUACUGGGUGUGACGUGUGAACAGACACCAUGGCCACACAGGAACCGUCCCCUCCCUCGUCCAUGGAGAGCAAUAAACCCGGCUUCCCCAAGAAGAUCCUGGGCAAUAAGCUGGAGGACAAGCACCUGUGCAACUGCUGCCAUAAUAUACUGAGACGACCGUUUCAAGCCCAGUGUGGACAUCGCUUCUGUUCCUACUGCUUCAACAGGACCGUUAGUAAUGGACCCCAGAAAUGCAACGCUUGCAUUAAAGAGGAUAUUUUUGAGGAGCCCACAUCAAUUUUGAAACAAGGAUGUGCUUUUCCUGACAAUGCAGUUCGAAGGGAAGUUGAAAACCUUUCAGCUGUUUGUAUCAAUGAAAGUUGCACUUGGAAAGGCAGCAUUAAAGAGUAUGAGCUGAACCACGAGGGGAAGUGCGAGUUCAUGAUCAUCCCCUGCCCCUCCUGUAAAGAACGAAUUCGCUUCAAUGAACAGGAGCGCCAUAAUGAGCGCGAGUGCCCUGAGCGAACACUCAACUGCAAGUACUGCAAGGAGCCAUUUCACUUCAAAAACAUCAAGGCACAUGAUGAGAUCUGUCCCAAGUACCCGAUGAUCUGUGAAGGCUGUGCCAAGAAGAAAAUACCCAGAGAAAAGUAUGUGGACCAUAUUAAAUUCUGCAGCAAAUUCAGAACUCCAUGUCGAUUUCAUGUCGUGGGAUGUGACAUGUCUGUGGAGAAGGAAAAAAUUCAUGACCACGAGCGCGCCUUUGCCUACGAGCACCUCAAUCUGCUGCUGCACUACAUCAUGGGCAUGAAAGUGAGCAUGGAGGGCCUGCAGCCCCAGGGACUGGAACUAGCUGGACACAAACUGGUGGAACUCCAGCAGUCCCUCCGGGAGCUCGAGGCCAGAGUCUCCCAGCUCAGCACCACCUCCUCUGGGCCUCCCGUGCAGGGAGCCGCCGCUGCCGCCGCCUCCUCAUCUUCCAGCUCCGGUCCCCCUGGUCCACCCACUUCAGCUCCUCUCCCUCCACCUCCUACUCUGGCUCCCACUCUCUCCGUGUCUACCUCCUUCACACCUUUGCCCAGCUCGGUGGGCGCGGCGUUGGAGCUCCAGCUCCACAGCGAGAAGACCAAGGUGGCCGAGCUGGGCCGCAGGUGCACAGAACUUGAAGUUAAAGCCGGCACGUUUGAAAAUGUGGUGUGUGUCCUGAACAGAGAAGUGGAGAGGUUUGCCACCACCAUGGAAGCCAGCAACCGUCAGCACAAACUGGACCAGGAUAAGAUCGAGGCUCUGAGUAAUAAGGUGCGACAGCUGGAGAGGACAGUGGGGCUGAAGGACCUGACAGUUGCUGAGAUGGAGGGUCGGCUGAGAGAAAUGUCUGCCACAACCUUUGAUGGUGUUUUUGUCUGGAGGAUUUCUGAUUUCGCCAAAAAGAGACAGGAUGCCAUCGCAGGUCGAGCCCCUGCCAUGUUCUCACCAGCUUUCUACACGAGUAAGUACGGCUACAAGAUGUGCCUGCGGAUCUAUCUGAACGGAGAUGGGACAGGGCGUGGCAGCCACUUGUCCUUGUUCUUUGUGGUGAUGAGGGGACUGAGUGACGCUCUGCUCAAAUGGCCCUUCAACCAGAAGGUGACUCUGAUGCUGCUGGACCAGAGCAACAGGGAGCACAUCAUCGACGCCUUUCGACCCGAUGUCACUUCCUCUUCCUUCCAGAGACCCGUGAGCGAGAUGAACAUCGCCAGCGGCUGUCCGCUCUUCUGCCCGCUCUCCAAGCUCGAUGCCAAGAACUCUUACAUCCGCGACGACACCAUCUUCAUCAAGGCGAUCGUGGACCUCACCGGCCUCUAGAUGGUUCCACAGGGGUGAUACAGUUUGGCAACCAGGCAGCUCUUUGACCAUUAUGGCUUCAUUUUUGGCUCAAUCAUGGUCCCUUUAGGGCUCUGUUCAGGCAUCUUACUGUCCCCUGCAGCUUUAGGGAGACAAACAUGCUUGCAACUGUAUGCUGCAUGUGGCUGCAGUUUGCUCAGUCCAGACGGCGCUGGCAUUGUCAUACCCGGUGGUCUCUAUACGCGAGAACCACCGUCAUCGCUGUACAUUUCGGGUGCAAAACUUUUCAGGAUUUUCUUUUGACAUCACAGCACCACUCUCACGGUGAUAAAAUGUCACUUCAGUUCUGCACAUAAGUUUUGAGUUAAAAGGACACAGGAAGUGAGCACCAGUGCAGCAGCGCGAUGCAGUGCAGUGUUGAGUAGAAGCAGAGACGUCAGAGUGAACAGUCGGAGUGAAUAGUGUCUUUAUUUUUCUUAAUCUCCUGCUUUUUUCCGAAGACGUGGCAUUACAGAACAUGCAGACUGUGUUAGAACAGGCUUGUAGAUAACAGAUAGUAAAUGUGAUCAUUCUGAUGUCACUGUAAAGCUGGCAGUAGACUUAUAAUAGAGUUAGAGCGUGGCUUGAUGCAGUUUUUGCUUUUUCUUACAGAUUGUGGAUAUUGUGAGCUUCUCAAUUCCAGUGUCGAGUGAAUUUGCAUAGACAAACGUGGAGUUAUGUUAUGAAUAAGAUUACAGGCAUAUAUUUUUUUUUUUGCCUUUAUUGUGCAAAGUGCAUGCCGCCGGCGUUUUAAGUAUAAAAUUGCGCCUUAUAUUUUGAUUGAGCUUUACGAAGGUUCCUCGUUUGUUGUUAAACUUGUUAGUGAAUUAGCCAUCCGUGAUGGUGGACAUUGCCUGCAUGUCUUUGGAAACAGGCUAUCUACUUGUAAAGUUACUGUUGCGUAUUUGUUCCUAUUAGGGGUUGGUGGUUCUGAUUGGUGGUUUGGUACAUCUGUGGAAGAUACAGUGGAGUUACCAAGGAGUCAGGGCAGCUUGCCAGUCAAGCCUGAGGCAUAAAACUUACAUGUGUUUUUGUCUCUGACAAACAUACAUCACUGGAGUUUUUCCCCAGGAUAUGCUCACUAAACUCAUAUCUCAACACAUAGUACUGUGCCCCACCACAGAUUGAGGUUAACACAGAUUCCACGAAAUGAAGGAAUUGUUUGUUCCUUGUUUUCUGUCCAUAAUACAGUGCAUAUAUGUGUUUCUGCUGCUCUAAGAUAGAAUACUGGUGUGAUUCUAAUAUAUAUGUUGGUGCAAAUAUACAUGAGGUAAAUGUGUGUGGAGGUUGAGAGGCUGAAACAAGAUGAAAACAAGAGAUUGUAGUACUUUGUUGUAGGUCACAGGCCGUUGUUGACAUUAUUUAUUGCGGAUUGAUGUUCAGUGCUGCCCCAGAUAAGCCUUUAAACUUUGGUGUUUUAGCUAUACUGAUUCACUGAUUUCUAAUGAGGCACCACAAAUCGAACAGAAAACCUAGAGUAUAUCUGAUUCAGCUGUUUCUGUAAUUUUUCUAUGUGUCCACCAGAGAUUGCUGUUCUACUUACUUAGCAUGCAUGCUGAGGUUUUAAGGUUCACGCUGGCCUGUUUGAAAACCAGUCUCGACCUGUAUUGAAACCUCUCUGUGCAUGGGAGGCUUCAAUUCAUAUUCACUAUGGAGUUUCACAUUGGUUUCCUCUGUGAGCCACGUGUGAAAGCGUUUAUUUGUAUUUGUUUGGAUGAAAAUACGUAAUCAUAGAAUAGCUAAUUAUGUUAUAUCUGGCACUGCCUCUGUUCAACAGAAGCACUCGCCUAUAUUCAUAGCAAUUUAUAAAUAUGUAUCUUUCAUAUCAUAAUGUUGAAAUAAUCUAUAUAUCAAUGUUAAUAUACACAAGAUGUUAUAAUAAACAUAGUAUUACUGAAUACCUUAUUAAUUCUAUAGCUAUAUACCAACUUUUUGUUUGUCAAGAUGGUUUGAACAGGCCAGGACAACCCCUUUGUGCAGUAAGGACUUAUGAUUCCUUCUAGAGUGCAAUAUAUGAUUACGUCUGUUAGAUUUUGAUGACAUUUUGACUUUAAGGGUUUACAGAGGUCAUACUCGACUUAUUUGUUUACAUUACUCAUUAUGGCGCUGAAGAACUGCAACCAAUUUUGAACUUUCCAAGGAAAUAUGGUGCUUUCCUUGCCAUACUCUACUUGAUAUCACUACCAUGGGAAUCUCUAGUCAGGAGCUGUUUAUGAAGCUCACUGAGGAGAUAAGUAAGGGGAGGAUUUUUAGAAAGAUACCAUUUUAAUGUUGAGAAAUUUAAGCUAUGUACAGUAAGUGGGUUUCUAUUCUUAACUUAAAAACCUUUCAAUGAAGACUGAGCAUGUAAUAAGUAGAAUUACAUGAACUUUUUAAACCUUGAGUGUUCUUGUAAUGUGCCAAAAUCAAAUAUUACCUCCAAUAUACUAACAAUGAUGUAUUGCAAGGUGUAUUUUAUGUUCUAUGCUAAAAUAUGGUGCCAAAUAUAAGUUUGUGCUGCGUGUAUUGUAUGUAUAUGCGAGUGUGUGCGUGUGUGUGUGUGCGUGCGUGCAUGUGUGCAAUUUUAAAAUGAUGCAUGGAAGCACCAGAGGAGAUAAUUAAUACUGUCCCAUAAAAACUAUCCUCAAAUUACAGAUCCUCCCAAGGUUUUUUUUUUGAAUGUAAGCUUUAAUUCAGUUGGGUGUUUUUCUGAUAACACAACUGCAGUUCUGUAAUGUGAUGCAGUUGACUUAAACCAACUUUAUUUGUGCACUUUGUAUUGGUUGUUUGUCCAAACAGGGUAUUUUGUUGAGUGACUUAUGUACCUUGAAAUCAGAGCCAUAUAUAAAUAUAUAUAUUCUGAUGUUGAUAAUUGAUGUAUUAUGCUAAAAAGAACUUGCAGUAUGUAAUAAAGUUUGUUGGUUUCA